CAAAUCGACACUUCAUUUUUUGCAAACAGGGCUCACUUAUUACUAAAAUCUAAAAUAUCCAGCAGCAGAAAAAAAAAAACUGCCUCCACACUGACAAAUGCAUAUCACCGACGGACUGACUGACAUUUUUUUCUUCUUCUGCAUCCAUCCGGCGUCAUCACAAGGCGCCUCUAUUUACUUCUGGUCCAGUUAGUUGCUGCUGAUGCCUGCUGCGAUGGAAGUAAACAGGGAUGAAGCGGAGCGCUGCAUUGACAUUGCAGCGGCUGCGUUAACCAACCAACAGCCGGACAAGGCGCAGAGGUUCCUGGAGAAGGCGCAGAGACUCUUUCCGACAGAGAAAGCCAAAGUAUUGCUGGAUGUAAUAGCAAAGAAUGGAUUUACACCCAGACAAGAUAGGCACUCAGACGUCAGUGGGGCAUCGGGGCCUCGAGAGCGGCAGAACAGGAAUGAGCACACCAGACCUGAAGAUAAGCCUGUCGACUCCACAAAAUCCUACACGGCCGAUCAGCUAGAAGCUGUGAGAAGGAUAAAACAGUGUAAAGACUUCUAUGAAAUUCUCGGGGUCCAGAAAGAUGCCUCAGAGGACGAACUGAAGAGAUCAUACAGGAAACUGGCUUUGAAAUUCCAUCCAGACAAGAAUCACGCUCCAGGCGCAACAGAAGCAUUUAAAGCUAUCGGCAGUGCGUACGCUGUUCUGAGCAAUGUUAACAAAAGGAGACAGUACGAUCGAUGCGAAGAAGAAAGAAGACACGGCCCAGACAGUGGAAACUUUGAGCCAGAUAUUUCACCUGAAGAGCUCUUUAAUAUGUUCUUUGGAGGAGGUUAUCCAUCAAGUAAUGCUCACGUGUACAAUAAUGGACGGAUGCGUUACCAAAGGCGGGAGAGAAGAGAGCGACAUCAGGAUGGAGGUCUCGCCCUCUUUGUGCAAGUCAUGCCCAUCCUCAUCCUGGUUAUUGUGUCAGCUCUCAGUCAGAUAAUGGUCAACAGCCCCUCCUACAGCCUCAGCUUCAGGCCGUCAGCAGGUUACUCACAGAAGAGGCUGACGGAGAAUUUGAAGGUGCCAUAUUAUGUGGGGGAGCAGUUCUCCAAAGAGUUCACUGGUAUGAAUCUGAAAAAUUUGGAGAGGACAGUGGAGGAUGAUUACAUUUCCAACCUUCGCAACAACUGCUGGAAGGAAAAACAACAAAAGGAAGGAAUGCUAUACAGAGCUCGCUAUUUUGGGGACAGCGAUCUAUACCAAAGAGCACAGAGGGCUCGCACACCAAGCUGCGCCAAGUUGUCUGAGAUCACAGCUUCAUUACAUGGCUGAAAAUGGUUUCAUGAUUCAAAGCAAGGUUUCCAGAAUCACCACAAAAGAUUACAAGUAAUUUAUUAAGAUACAUUUCUACAAUCUGGAGGCUGAAGAUGAUUCAAGGAGCAGACCAGCACCACUCUUCAACAAACAGACCACACAAACUAACUAAAUUUCUGUGGAAUUCUAGUAUGUGAAAAAAACAUAUAAUGUUAAUAUAUUGUUUUAGAAUGGAAACGGCACUUGAAAUAGCUUGCCAUGCUGAAAAGCUGUGGAUUUUAAAACCUAGCUUUAGGUUACUCUUGUAACCCUGGUUCUCAGAGUAGCAUUUGUUUCGAUGUCUUACUAUGAGAUGUGCCUCCCUGUGUAUUUCUCAAAAGCAUUUAUCUCUUUACACCAAUUAUGAUUGGCUGGUGAUCGCAAUGACCAUGUCGGGCAGAACCAACCACCCUUAAAUAGCUUAUGCUACUAUGCAAUCUUUAUUCAAGAUAAGCUAGGCAGCUAGCGCCUGGCGACAGACAAGUUAUUGAACACACCUGUCUGUGGCCAGUUAAGCUAGCUAGCCUAUAUCACAGGUUGAAAUAUACUCUGAAGCAGGAAGAGGUGUUUGAAUAAUGACUGCAAGUUACUGCAGGUUACUUAAGGGUGGGUGGUUCUGUAUGACAUGGUUGUUAUGAUCACCAAUCAGGAUUGUUGUAAUGAAAUAAAUGCUUCUGAGGAAUACGUAGGGAGCCAUUCCAUAAUCAAUUCAAUUCAGUUUUAUUUUCAUAGUGCCAAAUCACAAAAACAGUCACUUCAAGGUGCUUUAUAUUAUAAGGUAAAGACCCUACAAUAAUUGCAAUGAAAAUGACCCCGUAUGAGCAAGCACUUGGUGACAGUGGGAAGGAAAAACUCCCUUUUAACAGGAAGACAUCAAAAUGAAUGCUAAGAAUGAGAACCUCCAAGCACCAGUUUUAAAUGGAAGCCAUGUACUGGGAAAGGCCACUUUAUAUUGUUUUUUGGGAGAAAGUAGUAUGAAAGUCAGCCAUAGUUAAGUUAUGUGUAGUCCUAUGGAUGUUAUUUAUGUAGCAAUACAACGGAUGCCACAUUGAAUGCUGCCUCCUUAAUUUUAUGCUGUAAUUCAGUGGAGAAAAGUUUGAGGGGGAUUUGAUUUUAAAUGCACAUUCUCAGACUAUGCAGUAAUAUUAUAAAACUGAUGUCUAGGGUUUUUAGACACUUGAACACCUGAAAUUUGUCUUCUUCUGCUGUGUGUGAGAUAGCCAUUAGGACAUGUCCCUGUCACUUUACCUCCUUUAAAUGUAUUAAGGGCAGAAUUAUAGUGUAACUUCACAAUAAAUGCCAAGAGAAUGAGAUGUGCCUACCCACAAAAUGGGACUUUAACAGGUUCUAGGUUGGGAGUGCCAUGUCUUUGCUCAGUCUGUCGGAAAAAGCCAUUUUUUUUGUCACACUUUUUAAGUUUAUAGUAUGCUACUUAUUCUUUGUAUUAUUUCUUGAAGAAAUAGACUAUAAAGAGAGGAUAAGAAAAUCGUACAGAUCUUGUUCACUUUUUUCCCACCAUGUUUUUAAUUUCCAGAUGAAAAUAAACAUGGUCGCUUAAA